AUGGGUGACCACCUGGACGACGAGCUUGCCCUGUUUGAGAAGGAGAUUGAAUCCUUAGAAUCUCAGAAACCAGCUGAGACGAGCUCGUCCUCAGCAAAACCCGGAGGAUCUGAGACCACAACUGCAAAGAAGCCAAAGAUCCAGUAUGCAGCAGCACCUGUCAAGAACUACGACGAUGAGCUGAUGCCCACUGUUGCUUCUCGAUCGUCGGGCGUGACAACGCUCUUCCAACCGAGCUUGAAUCUCAGUUAUCAAGCGAAUCCUGCGCCAAAUUCAUUCCAGACCUGUGGAGCUAAUCUCUUCCAGACAUAUGGCUCCUCCAUUGCUCCGCCCGCCAUCUCAGGAGGCGCUAACUCAAAGAUGCCUGGAAUACCGGACACAAUCAUGAGGUCGGCGGGAGGUAAGAAAUGGUCGGACGCGUCGCUUUUGGAGUGGCCGAAGGAUGACUAUCGAAUGUUCUGCGGGAAUCUCGGAAAUGAGGUCGAUGACUCGACCCUGGCAAGAAGUUUCGGAAAGUAUUCAUCGUUUCAAAAGGCAAAGGUUGUGCGCGAUGGCCGUACAAGCAAGUCGAAGGGUUACGGAUUCGUGUCAUUCGCGGAUCCUGCAGAUUUUACGAGAGCGAUGAAGGAGAUGCAAGGGAAAUAUGUCGGAAAUCGUCCAGUGAAGCUUAUGAAAAGUGAAUGGCAAGAGCGAGCUCUGCAGCCGGGAAAGAAGCGACCUGCCCCUCAACAGCAGCAGGGAGAAGAAGAGGAAGAUACUGAAUGGUGGAAUAAGAAAGCAAGCAAACCGAAGAAGAAGUGA